GAUCUCUCCACUGCUUGCCGCACAUAUAUAUACAGAUGCGCCACCCGUUUGAUUUGUCGCUGCGCUCAAUCAAUCAACUUUGCGCACUUGAGGCCGGUCCUCUUAAAAUAAUAAUAAUAAUAAUAAUCCCCCCCCCUCGUCGAAGCUAUGAGCAUCCUGAUUGGUGAGUAGUGACGUCAUGCGGGUGAAAGCCACCAGCCAGAGGAAUUGAACAGAAAGUGUUUCAAUAUACAUUUUUGAAAAUUAUCGAGAAAAGAGCAUAUUCGAUUAACGUGGAUUAUUAUUAUUAGUUGAAAUUACAAGGCUCACCCCCUCCCUCACAUGACCUGGGAAUUGGCAACUACUCUGGCCUGGAGGGAGGGAGGGAGUGCAGGGGAAAGGGAAGGGAAAGGAAGAACCAGAGUGCGGCAGACUGCCUACAAGUGCUGCACGCCUUUCGGGUUGCGACCUCUUUAACUCCCGACUUUUUUUCCUCUGUCUGUCUCUCUCUCUCUCUCUCGUCUUCCUGCAGUUUUCGCCCUGCCUCUCGUCUUCAUGGCCAGGAUCGCGGGCGCCGCGCCUCUGCCGGAGGUCUGCGCCGACGUGUGCGCACUUGUUGAGGGGGCGCAAUUCCAAGUGCUGGUCCGGAGGAGCCGCAGUUUAACCGAGAAGAUCCUGCUCGCCAUCCCCGACGCGCACGGUUCGAGCGUCCACACCGAGACUCUGAAGCUGAAUUCCUCCGAAAACGCCAAGCUUGGCACGAUGGCGCUACGCAUCAACUUCCCUGCGGCUCCCGUGGUCAAAAUUGCCUCGGAGAAAGUUUUGGUGGCGAGCAGUCUGAAACACAUCCACGACGGUCUGCAGCUGCACCGGGACUUGCUGAGCACCGUCUCACCUCGGGUAGAAACGGACAAACUGACCGACCUCGCGAACACAGUCCGAGACCUUGCCAUGCAAAUCGGCAAGAUGCUGCGAGCGCUCCAGGCGGACUACGUAGCGCAGGCGACCCCCACCAGCCCCGUCAACUUGUACCUGCACGGCGACUUUGAGGUCCAGGUGGCCGCCCACCUGACGCUGCUCCAGCUCCAGUCCCUGGGCCAGGACAUCCACCGCUUCCUCAGGGGUCUGGACACCAGCCGUGAGGAGGAAACGGAUGUGGACCUGCCGACAGAGCUCAAAUAAUCUUUAUUUUUUGACGAUACCAGAAGUAUUUAUUAAUCUGUUAAGGGAUUUAUUUUUCUAUUUGCAUAUUUAUUAUAUUUAUUUAUAUUUGAUUGAACAGCCGACUUGUUGCAUGCUGCCUUGUGUCUACAAUAACUGCCACCACUUGCCUAUCUCACGCAAUCACGCGGUCAUAAUAUUGCACCAAAAAAACUAAUCUCAUGUAAGAGUCUGAGCGUCAAUGUAUUCCUAUUAGACAUUAUGGGGCAUCUUGAAAUACUACGUUCAAUCAAAUCUUAUU